CAAGGAGUCAGCAGGUAGCAAAGCUACUGCUGUCCCUCUCCUUCAACUCCACAUUCUGUAAGGAGCCACAGGGGCAAGGAAGGGGAAACACACUACACCACCAGAAAGUCGAAAGUUUGAGCAAGAUGAGCGCUCACGCCCAGCCUGCGACUGUUACCAGGACCCUGCGCGCCACAAAAAGACAUAGAAGCUUGAGGAGGAACUCCAGGAUCCACACACUGUACCAACACCGCCGCCACCAACCCGGCCAAUCAGAUGAGGAGGACAGAGAGGAUGAGCGAGUGGACAGCAGCGACCCUGAGGAAAUAUUCCAGAACAUUCAGCUCCAGAAGGAGAUCAUCGCCAACAUUCGCAGCCGACCCUGGCCAAUGAGACGCAAGCUCAAAGCCCUCAAGCAUGCCAGAGACAUUGUUCUGAAGUAUGAGGGCCGACUGACAAGGACACGGGGAUACCAGACUGCAGGCGCUGAUCUGUUGAAGAAACUUUCUCGCUUGCUGUAUAACAUCGUUGUUCUAUUCAUUCCAUGGGAGAUGAGGAUAAAGAAGAUUGAGAGUCAUUUUGGAUCCGGCGUGGCCUCGUAUUUCAUCUUCCUGAGAUGGCUGUUUGGAAUCAACAUCGUUCUGACCAUUAUGACCGGAUCAUUUAUUGUCCUGCCUGAGCUGCUGGCAGGCGCGCCGUUUGGAACCACCAGGAGCAAGACCAUUCCCAGAGAGCACCUGGCCUCCGCACAGGACCUGGACACCAUCUGGUCUUUAGGGGGCUACCUCCAGUAUUCGGUCCUGUUUUACGGAUACUACGGCAGGGUACGGAAGAUUGGAAGCGCCGGCUACCGGCUUCCUCUGGCCUACUUUCUGGUUGGGAUGGCUGUUUUUGCCUACAGCUUCAUCAUUCUGUUAAGAAAGAUGGCCAAAAACUCUCGUCUCAGCCUAGCCAGUGCCUCAGAUGAGAACUAUACUUUCUGUUGGCGCGUUUUUUGUGCCUGGGACUACCUGAUUGGCAACCCUGAGGCUGCAGAAAGCAAAGGAGCGGCCAUCGUCAACAAUAUCAGGGAGGCUAUUGUUGAAGAACAAGAGAAGGAGAAAGACACAAGCCUAGCUGUUCUGGUCAGUUUGAGGAUCCUUGCUAACAUCCUGGUGCUGCUGUCUCUGGCCGGGAGCAUCUACAUCAUCUAUUUCGUAGUUGACCGUUCUCAGCGGCUGGAGCAGGAGAAGCCAGAGCUUACAUUGUGGGAAAAGAAUGAGGUGAGCGUGGUGGUGUCCCUCAUCACUAUGAUUGCCCCAUCAGCCUUUGAGCUGGUAUCUCAACUGGAGAUGUACCAUCCUAGGACCAGCCUUCGCUUCCAGCUGGCCAGGGUCCUGGUCUUGUACCUGGGGAAUCUCUACAGCUUAAUCAUUGCUUUACUGGACAAGGUCAACAGCAUGAGUUCAGCUAAUCCGGUCAAUAAUGGGAACUGGACAGACUCCACUGCCUUCCUGGCCACCAUCGCUCUGCCCGAGGAGGAAAACCUGUCCACCAUCGUGCCCGAUACCUCCGAGAAGCACAACGGCACAUUUGGCCUGGGGUUGGAGGUCAACAGGACCAAGAGUGGCGCCACGCAGUUCCUCCUCAACCAGACCGCACUGUACGGGUACAACGUGCGGACCCCGCAGGACCAGUGCUGGGAGACAUAUGUCGGACAGGAAAUGCUGAAGCUUUCCAUUAUUGACAUGAUCUUCACAGUGUUGAGUAUCUUACUGAUUGACUUUAUUCGAGGCCUCUUUGUCCGAUACUUGAGUGACUGCUGGUGCUGGGAUCUGGAGAGCAAGUUUCCUGAGUACGGUGAAUUUAAAAUUGCUGAAAAUGUCCUCCAUUUGAUAUACAACCAAGGGAUGAUAUGGAUGGGUGCCUUCUUCUCCCCCUGCCUGCCAGCGUUCAACGUGCUGAAGUUGAUUGGGCUGAUGUACCUGCGCAGCUGGGCUGUCCUCACCUGCAACGUUCCACACCAGCAAGUUUUCAGAGCCUCCAGAUCCAACAACUUCUACUUGGCAAUGCUUUUGUUUAUGCUAUUUCUCUGUAUGCUUCCGACCAUCUUUGCAAUAGUGAGAUACAGGCCAUCACAACACUGUGGACCCUUCAGCGGUCAAGAGAAAAUUUAUGACAUUAUCUCGGAGACGGUUGCCACAGAUUUCCCCGUUUGGUUUAACAAAGUGAUGAGCUACGUCACCAGCCCUGUCGUUGUGCUGCCAGCUCUCCUCUUACUAUUUAUGCUGAUAUAUUAUCUACAGGCAAUAGCAAGAUCAUUAAAAGUCACCAACAAUCAGCUGAGAAUGCAGCUUCAGACGGAACGAACAGAAGAUAAGAAGAAGGUUUUUCAGAUGGCUGCAGCGAGGCUGCAGGACACCGAGGGAGGUGAUAAAAAGCCGGAGCAGGAGGGUCACGUUUCCGGCCCGGAGUCCUCCAUCUGCUCCCAGUCACCCAGGCGCAACGGAAACAUCGGCAGCGUCGAGUCUCCGGAAAGGCAGGCCGGCGGCGUUUGCACCGUCGCCCAGUCCGCCCCGCGCCCCGGAGCAAACCGCCCGUUCGGCGUGUCGCGGAGCCCGUCCAUCCCCGUAAUGCAGACACACAGAGAGGAGCACUCGCCAAACAGGCAUCCAGGAUAUCUGGGAGGGGCCAGCGGCUCCUGCAGAUCAAAGUCCUACCACAGGAUGGUGUACAAUCCCGCCUGCCGCCAUUCAGAGAACGUCCACUCAGAGAACGUCCACUCGGAUCCUCUGUUCAGGAAGAGCUUUUGGCCCCCACACAGAGAAGCUUCUGGAAUGGGCCCAGCCCAGGGCCUGAGCGGGUGCCGGUUCCACACCACGCACUACGUGAUCGUCAACGAGCACGAGGCCCACAAGAAGCUGCUGCGUCCUUCCGCGCGGAUACCGCGGCGGUACUGCGCCGAGGAGCUGGUGGACAUCCUGGAGCUGUGCCCGCGGAACGUCAGGAGGUACCCCGCCCACCCUCCUCACCACUGCUACCAGCCUCACCCCAAUGAGGAGGAAGAGGAAGAGAGGGCGAGGGAGAGGAGGGGCUCGUUCGCCCAGUCGCACCGCCCGCGCUCUCUGUCCGACCUCCACCAGCCCGCCCGCCCCUACAGGGUGGACAGCGGGCUGUCUGUCAACAGGACCCCAGUCAGAGGACCGCGUGGGACGUGGGACGACCACGCGGGGAACCGGGAGGAUGUACCAUUGCGGUACCGUUCCCAGACCAACAUCGAGACGGUCGAGCUUCCGGUCAGGUACACCGAACCGCAGGUCAAACCCAAAACCAGGCCGAAGGCUGCACCGUCCAUGACCGAGUCAGACUCCGAUUCCCUUGCAUCCAGCAGUGACCAGCAGAACAGCAGUACAGACCAGUACAUCCAGGUCAUCCAUUACAAGGAGAAAUGCCCAAAAUCCAGAGGCAAGCCUGCAAAACAGGAGCCUAAAUCUAGCCCUCAGUUAAAUGUGCCCAGGCCAGGUGAACUAUUCUGUUCAAAUGUCUGAAGAAAAGCAGUCUGUUGUAUAAUAUGUUAUUUAUUAUUGUGUUUUAUAGUGUAUCAAAUGGAAUCUUCAUAUAUUCCCAUGUUGUAUAUGUGGCACAAAAACAAAAAAAAAAGCACAAGAGCUAACAGGAAUAAAUAUGUACAUUAACCUUGUGUUUUCACGGAUAUGUAUAAUAAAAUACAUAAUCUAUAACAAAAUAA